AUGGGGUGGGCUCACCCGGUCUGGUCAUGUGUCAAGCUGCAACUGAAGGGUAGCAGUAUAAAGGCAGCGGCUGGCGUACUGCGGGUCUUACAGCAGGAGGCGGGCUCUGUCAGCGUUUGGUCACGGCUGAUUGUUUAACAGGCAUACACGUCACAAUGGCUGACAAAGGGAACCGUUCCAGCUUCUUAGACAGGGAAAUUCGAAUGGUACUUGUAGGAAAGACUAGAGUUGGUAAAAGUGAAACUGGGAAUACAAUAGCUGGAGUCAGAACGUUUGUGAAGACAUUCGCCUCAUUGUCUUUUACAAAGAAUUGUAAACAGCAUUCCUUUAACCGCUUCGGUUACGACUUGCAGCUUGUUGAUGUCCCAGGUCUUUGUGACACAGUAAAAUCACACGAUGACAUUAAGAAAGAGAUAAUGAAAUGUGUAGCCCUGUCAUCUCCUGGAAUACACGCCGUUCUUUUCAUAGUGAGGAUAGGAAGGUUCACUGAAGAAGACAAAAAUACACUGGAAACGUUCCUGCGCUGCUUUGGAGAAGGAGCAAAACGAUUUGUGAUUGUUGUAUUUACUGGAAAAGAUGACUCGGAUGCGGAUAAUGAUACUCUUGACAACUAUCUAGAUGAUUGCCCAGUGACACUGAAGAAGUUUCUAUUUGAUGUAAGUGGUCGCUGUAUUGCUGUCAACAACAGGGGGACGGAUGCAGAGAAGGAGAAGUUUACCAGAGACCUGAUUGACAUGAUAAAAAUCAUGGUUGGUGACAACGGCGGCCGGUGCUACACAAACGAGAUGUAUGAGAGGUGUGAAGCUGAUCUUCGAGAAGCUGAGAAGAUGGUAAAACUUGAAGAGAAUAGGGAGAAGCAGACUGAGGAGAAACUGAAGCAAGAAGCAGCUGCCUUUGAUGAAAAGUUACAGAGCCAGCAUCUUAAAAAACAAGAAUUGGAGAGACAACUUCAACAAAACGAAAGAAGAUCAGAGGAAACAAAAGAUGAAGAAAAUCAGUUGAGAGAACGACUAAAAGCCUUAGAACUGUGGCAAAAAGAAGAAGAAAAGAAGAAAUCAUAUGAAGAUGAAAAGAAUCGGAUUGCUGAGCAAAAGGAGGCAGCUGCAGAGGAAAACAUGAGGAGAGAAGUUCAGAAACUGAAAGAUCUUCAGAGAACCUUUAGGGAAGAACAUGAGCAUAUGAGAGAAGAACAUGAGCGUAUGAGAGAAGAACAUGAGCGUAUGAGAGAAGAACAUGAGCGUAUGAGAGAAGAACAAGAGCGUAUGAGACAAGAACAAGAGCGUAUGAGAGAAGAACAUGAGCGUAUGAGAGAAGAACAUGAGCGUAUGAGAGAAGAACAUGAGCGUAUGAGAGAAGAACAUGAGCGUAUGAGAGAAGAACAUGAGCGUAUGAGAGAAGAACAUGAGCAUAUGAGAGAAGAACAUGAGCGUAUGAGAGAAGAACAUGAGCGUAUGAGACAAGAACAUGAGCGUAUGAGAGAAGAACAUGAGCAUAUGAGAGAAGAACAUGAGCGUAUGAGAGAAGAACAUGAGCGUAUGAGAGAAGAACAUGAGCGUAUGAGAGAAGAACAUGAGCGUAUGAGAGAAGAACAUGAGCAUAUGAGACAAGAAAUGCGACAUGAAGAAGCUCUGAAGCAGAUACGAGAGAAAGUUGAAAAGGGCGACACUAGUUACCUUGGAACUGCUUAUCAAUGGGUAAAGAGCCUGAUCGGUUCAUUGAACCCAUUUUCAUAAUGGUAGCUGUAUUAUGAAGAUCUGUAAAAGAUAGAUUUUCAGUGAUUCAUUCAUAUAAUUUUGUUACUUAAUUAUAUAUUCAAUAGAACAGAUUUUUUCAUAUACAUUCCUGCACAUCCAGAUUUUGAGGUCGAGAUUUCAGUUUUUUCUAGGUACAAUCGAGCAAUGCUCCUCAUUCGAAGAUUGCAAAGAGCGUCAAACGACUCAUGGUCAAAAAGUCUUUUAAUGAGGAUUGAAAUAAGCACCAUUUGGGGCUGGGUUUAUAUCGAAAAAAAAAUAUUGUUCCCGAAUAUUCCGAAAAAAAGUAAUUAUGCUUCAAACCAAACCCUCCCCUCCCACACCCUUGUACUUACAUAUAUGUAUAUAUCCAUGUGCAUGAAAGUGUUCACGAGUGUGUGUUUGUGCUUAUACCUGUCCGGAGCAAUGUAGGUUCUAUAGUGCUAGCCACAGUUUAACAUGAAUACCCCAUUCUGACAGUGACUUUGAACCCACCAGUGCGUGUUAUAUAACCCAUCAAGGCCGAGCCCCAGGCAUGGUAGCAACUUUGGUAUGGCGCGGUCAGGGGAUCGAACCACUGACCUUACGCACUCCCUGCAGAUGCACUAUCCACUAGACCACAGAGGAACAUGUAACCCAUGUUUGGUUCACCUCCAUUUAAUUAUUGAGAAACGUCUGUCGAUGAAUUGGUUUCUGGAUGUAGUAUUGAAAGUUGCGUAAUGUAAUUAGGUUUGUCUUCAUGUUACUACAGUCUUGUUAGUCUUGUUAACUUCUUGGCUUUUGCGAAUUUUGUUUUGAAAUAAUUUACCAUGCUUUGUAACCUAGGUAUGUAUAAA